AUGUGGUGUUUCUUGCUGGGAACAUCACUACUCAGGCAAACCUUGUUGCCACAUUGUGAACAAGUCACUAUACAUGGUGUAACGUUCAGGAUGCCCAGCUGGGCAUUGCUGCGUGAUCUAGCGGAGCUUUUCCCCUUAGGAGGUUUAUGCCAUCUUGCUGAUAAGGGAAAGUUCAUUUAAUAUGACAACGGGGGGAACUCGAAGCUUGAAAUUUUAGCAGCCCCCCUCGCUAGCGGUUCAAUUUUUUAGGAGCCCCCUCCUUGGUAGUCGAAAAAAUUUCAGAGCCCCCUCCCCCCUCCUCCUUCAAUUCCUUUGCUCCCCUGAAAAAAGAUUGCUAGACUGUAUUAAAUAUAUUUACCAUUAUUGUCUUCAAUGGUUUAUACUAUGACAAACUUGAGAUACAGUUGUGAUACAAUUUUCUAAAGCAUUUUUGGGAUUAACAAGAGUGUAAUAAUUACUGAGACUACAUUUGUUAUAUCUGUAAACCACGUGAUAUAGCUGAGUUGCACAGGUCAUUAAAUUGUUGAGUUGAAAACCAUCCGAUCUGUAUGAUGAUGUCAUGUGUCAGUUUUGAAGUAUACAAAUUUUCGGAGCUCCCCCCUCUUAGCCCAACAUUUUUUUCAGAGCCCCCCCUUCGGGUGUCUAAAAAUUUUCGGAGCCCCCCCUCAAUAUCUUCAUCCCCCCCCCCCCUUGUCAUAUUAAAUGAACUUUCCCUAAACUGCUGUAACGUUUAUCACAUACCCUAAGAUCUUUGAGAUUUUCAGGUGUAACGUCAUCAGGGGCACAUUUCAGUUCAUACCGCCCAACCAUACUAUCAAAUUUUCUUGAUCCUGCCUCAUUUUCACAUCCCUUCAGACAGCAUUGUACACCUCCCAUCAAUCGCCCAUGCAUAAAAACUGUUCCUCUUAUUUCUUCCAAAAGUAAAAAAUCAAAUAAAGGCUUUCCACAUCAUGACAACCAGUACAAAUCACUUGUUAUUCUGAAGUUAGUAUUUAUUUGAGAUCUUAGAUCUUUUAUUGUGGCAUACGGUGCAAAAGUGAGGAUGUGUGGCUUGCCUGUUAUAUCAACAACUUGAAUUGUUGUUAUCAACCUUUUAGAUCUUAUCAACAUGCUAAAUUCAAGCAGUUUGGCACAGGGAUAACUUAGAAGUACACCAAAUGAGAGAUAUAAAAUUGGGAAAAGGAGUGGCAUUUUCUGUGCAGGAUCUGGAACUGGCAUCAAAGGUCUCCCCAACGUCACAACAUAUAAACCCACAAAGAAUGAAAAUGGGAGUGCAGAAAUUAUCAGCAAAAAAGCAGCAGUUGCCAAGUAAACAGGAUAUUGAAGCUUACAUUUUAAAGAACAAGUUUUUGUAA